UGACUUGGAUCCAAACCUCCAGGUCUCAUUUCAUAGGAAGGAAUGAGUCGGCCGUCGAACUCUCUCCCUUUAAACACGUACAAAUACAAUCAACUCAACUGGUGGAUACAUAAACGUGCAAAUGCACUAAAUGCAUAGUGGUACUAUACCCCCUUCUUCCCACUUUGGCUUAGCUAGAGAAGGAAUCGAAAGUCAAAUUGGUGCUUUCAAUCCAAGUAAAAGCCACCAAAAAGCAACUUCCCAAACUCCUCCAUUUUAGUCUAAAUAAACUCUCAAACCCCACUUUUCCCUCUUCUCACCAUCAUUCUUUUCUUCCCCCCACGUACGAAAACAAAAGAAUAAUGAAAUGAAGCUCCUCACAAAGGCAUACUCCCGCCAUGUCCACCACCGCCCUUUCAUCCUCUCCUCCAUAGCCUUCAUCCUCUUCUUCUGCCUCUUGGCCUCCAUCAACGAGGUCCGCUUCGACCGCCUCAUCGACCUCGGCCAAUGCGCCAUCUCCAAGCUACAAUAUCCCUCCAUCUCCAUCUCCACCACUACCACCACCAACUCCUCCUCCUCCUCAAACGCUACUAAUAAUCUCGCCGCCGCCGACGAUGAGAUCCGGAUCCUGAUAGGCAUCCUGACGUUACCCGACCAGUACCCUCGCCGCCACUUACUCCGCAUGGUCUACGGCACCCAACCGACUCCCAAAGGCGCCAAGAUCGACGUGAAAUUCGUCUUCUGCAACCUCACCAAGGAAGAUCAGACCAUCCUCGUCGCCCUCGAGAUCAUGCGCUUUGACGACAUCAUCAUCCUCAACUGCAAGGAGAACAUGAACAAUGGCAAGACCUUCACCUACUUCUCUAGUCUUCCCGACAUCUUCUCCCACGACGACACUCAGAAGAUGUUGGAAUCAGACGAUGGCAACGGUACCACCACCAGUAGCGAAUCUUCACCUUCUCCUCCAUCUCCGCCGUACCACUACGUGAUGAAGGGAGACGACGACUCGUACUUUCGGCUGGGGAGCCUGGUGUCGUCGCUGCGACCGCUGCCGCGCAACGACCUGUACUACGGGUACGUGAUCCCGUGCCCGAGCAUGGACCCGUUCGUGGAGUACAUGUCGGGCAUGGGGUACCUGGUGUCGUGGGACAUCGUGGAGUGGAUUAAGGAAUCGGAGAUUCCGAGGAGCCACCUGGACGGGCCCGAGGACAAGGUGUUUGGAGCGUGGCUCAAGGAAGGGCGGCGGGGGAGGAACAGGCACAAUGCCAAGUGGUCGAUGUACAACUUCCCGGUGCCGCCGUCGGGCUGCACGCAUGAGUUCUGGCCGGACACGAUUGCGGUUCACUUGUUGAAGAACCAGCCCAAGUGGAUCGAGACUUUGAAGUACUUUAAUGCUACCAAGGAUCUCAAGCCUUCCAAGUUGUAUCAUAUUCCUUGAAUUGCUACUUUCACUUUUUUCUUUUUUUUUGGUUCAUCACAUUUCUUUUUUUGGCGAUAUUUAAUUUGGCUAGUUAAUUACUUGUGAUAUUGGAAGAGUUAUAUCUCGAUACAAGCUAAAUAAAAAAGUUCUUAAGAAAGAUUGAUUGUGCAUAUAUAUUAAUCAAAUGAUAUCUAUUUCUAUGGUUUUGAUAUAUAUAUUUAUAAAAAGAAAAUUUGGGUAUGAUGUUUUGGUGGGAUGACGACUUUCAUAUGAAAUUUUAGCAACCAAUUUAGAGAGGUUUAGUUGUUGUGCACUUACUGUCUAAUUAGUCGAGGCUGCUCGAUCAUUAACUUUGGGUUUGCAUUGUAUUCAUGUAGCCGAUGCUAUGCUUUGUUAUUAAACUUUGGUUUCUGCUCGUUUUACAUGAUAGUUAGGAUACAUUUACAAUAAUUUACCAAACACAGGUCUACUAAUGUAGGUAUAUGUGAAGAUUAAAUAUCGACACCCCGAGGACAACAUUACACCUUUAAAAUGAUCUCAUACCAUGAUGUAAUUAGUUACUCUCUGCAACUAUGAAGUCGAUAGUACCACGACAAAAGAAAUUUAGUGCAAUUUACAAUAAUUUGAGUUCGUCGAGUAUAAUUAAUCUAUGACAAUGUCUACGGAUUGAAUUUGAAUGAGAGUUAAAUCUCAAUAACUUGGUAACCUCUCUCCCUUUGAGUCUAGUUUGUUUGCAAUAUACAUAAAGCUGUUGGAUAUUGAAUGGCAUUAAUGUUGUAUACUUAGGUCGCUUUGCACCAAUUGCACUAAACCGGUCACUUUAUGGCAAGCAAUGUAACUACCGAUCGAGCUCCACUUUCCUUCCAAAAGCGGCCACCGGAGUGAAGCCUUCCUUUCACAUGGAUGACUACGUAGUACGUACCGAAAGAUUGGCAACAUUUCCCACCGUCCAUGCCGCCGUACACUUCCCCAAAUCGAGAAAUCAAGGCAACAGGACAUGGCUGGGCUACGAGUUCAUACAUUGGGCUGGAAGAAAAUGAGAUCUACCCAUUGACAUAUGGCUUUCCAAAUUUGGGCCGGGGAACUGUGUGCUGCAAGCCCAUUUAGGAGAAGGAAAAGUGUAUUGCAAUUUGUUACUUUCAUUCCUCGUUUAUCAAAUUGUAUAUUUGUAUCAGAGGUUGUAUCGAAUAUUUUAGGAGAUCAUACUUGGUAUUUUGAUCAUUGUUUUUUUGACAAAACAAUUUAUCAUUGUUGAGUCCCUGUGUACCGAUAUAAACUAUAGUUCAAAUAAUAAAAAUCAUAAUAAAAAUAAAAAAAUAGUUGAUGUAGCAUUGAUAGCUAGCUUGACCAUGUUAUAUUGAUGUGUACAAAAUUUUCUUACAUAUUUGUCUAUCAUAGCGAGUCUAAUUAUAGAUACACGAUUUUAUGGUCAAACUAUGAUACCAUGUCACAAUUCAUGCUUUUAGAAAUUUUAUUCUAAGCAUUUCUGUAACAAAAUUUAAGUAAAACAGCCAUUUUCAAGAGGAAAGAGAGACGAUUCAUCCAAGAAGGUAAACAAUUUGUGGAAACUGGAAACAUAUAACAAAAUUAUUCCCUUCAAAAUGACGUGAAAGCGACGCCGUUUUGCGCCUGAUAAACGCCUGCAACUAGGGGUGGACAUGGGUCGGUUGGUCCGGGUUUAGGCAUUUUAAUCACCCGACCCAUGCACUACGGUUUGGGAAAUAUUAAACUCAAACCCACCCAAAAAAAUCUAAAUCCUACGGUUUGUUUCUAAUUGGGUUGGGUCGGGUUGGCAAUAUUUUUAAGUAAAAAUCCAACCCAACACAAAAUAUGUAAUUAUUCUACAUCAUAAAAAUAUUUUAUAACAAAUUAAAAAUUCAAACGAAUAAACUGAGGUGAAAGGU